AUGCUCCUCCGCCGGCGCCGGGAAGUGACGCGCGUGUAUUUCCGCACCACCAUUGUCUCGUACACUGUGCGGUCGGAAACCGGGAGAGAUCCGGCGUCAAUAACACCCGAGCCCGAGGAGCGACAACGGCCCCCAGCAGCGCUUAGGAUGUCGGUGAUUCCGCCCAACCGCUCUCAGACCGGCUGGCCGCGGGGGGUCAACCAGUUCGGCAACAAGUACCUGCAGCAGACCAAGCCGCUGACACUGGAGAGGACCAUCAACCUAUAUCCCCUGACAAACUACACAUUUGGCACCAAAGAGCCCCUGUAUGAGAAGGACAGUUCUGUUGCAGCUCGGUUCCAGCGGAUGCGGGAAGAGUUUGAUAAGAUUGGAAUGAGGCGCACCGUGGAGGGGGUUCUAAUCGUACAUGAACACCGGUUACCUCAUGUGCUUUUACUGCAACUGGGGACCACGUUUUUCAAGCUGCCUGGUGGGGAACUCAGUCCAGGAGAGGAUGAGGUGGAAGGCUUAAAGCGUCUCAUGACCGAAAUCCUCGGCCGUCAGGAUGGGGUGCAGCAGGACUGGGUAAUUGAUGACUGCAUCGGCAACUGGUGGAGGCCAAACUUUGAACCCCCGCAGUAUCCCUACAUUCCUGCUCACAUCACAAAACCCAAAGAACACAAGAAACUAUUUUUGGUGCAGCUUCAGGAGAAAGCGCUGUUUGCAGUUCCAAAAAACUACAAACUUGUUGCAGCCCCUUUGUUUGAAUUGUAUGACAACGCCCCAGGCUAUGGACCCAUUAUUUCCAGCCUUCCGCAGCUCCUCAGCAGGUUCAACUUUAUUUACAACUGACCUUUUGUGAAGUCUGAAGAUAACAACGUGCGGGUGAAGCUGUCUCUGUGAGCACAGCUUUAUAAUGUGGGAAACUUGGCAAAACUUGUUUGUUUUUUUCCCCCUCUGUUUGAAGUCCACAGCCCUUGUUGCUGUCACAAUAGAAAGACUCUGCCGACGUACGCAGCAGCAAGAUGUUAGUGUUUUUAUUUUAUUUUUUUAUUGUUUCAUUGUCACUCAAUUUUCUUACAUAAAUAAAAUGGAUUAAAAGUG